AUGUUAUCGAAUGACUUAACAUCAAAUAAACAUCAAGAAUCAAACAAGCACAUUAAAUUAAUCAUUAGAAUGUUGAAAAUGUUUCAGACAAUUGCAAUGAUCACAAUGGUUCUUGCUGUAGUUUCAACGAAAACUGUUAUGACAAAUAAAAGUGAACGAGUCGACAAGCCAACCAAUGAACUUCACAACGAUUGGAAUGACUGGGAUCAUGAUGAAGUGAAGCAAAUAACAAUCGAGAGAAAAGUUCCAGUGUUUGUUGAGAAGAUUCGACAUGUUCCAAUAGUACAAAAGGAAUACGUUGCAGUUCCUCGAUACAUAACAAGACCGAUUUACAUUAAACGAACUAUUCCCAUAAUGAUGCCACGUCCUCAGCAUUAUCAUCAUCAUCAUUACACAUUAGCAUAA